AUGAAGUCUGCAGCUAUGCAGAUGCUGGCCAUGGUGCUCCUCGGAUUGCACAGCAGCAAUCAUUUCGUACCCCUUGUAGCCUCCCACGAACCCACGUGUUUCGAGCUCCCGAUUGUGAUCGUGUCCCCUACCAAGAUCAAGCUACCCACUGAGACAUGCAACCAACCCCGAGCCCCUGCUCGCGACUGCAUGGCCGAUCCUGUUGAAGCCUCGAUUGAAGUCAUUGACAACCCCAACGGGACGCUCAAUUGUCUCAAUGGACCGCGGACCUCUGUCUACGCUGCCAGUGCCCACUACCGAGGCCAGUCCAGUCUGCACUUUACCAAGCACCAGAUUGCAGUGGACCUGCACGAAGACGGUGCAUUGUUGGGCUUCCCAGCUGAUCGCACGUUCGUACUUAAUGGACCGACCAUUGACUCGAGUCUUUUGCGGAACCAUUUGGCUCACUGGAUGUAUCGUGGUACGGACCGCUACUCCCCUCGCAGUCGUCAUGUUGUCGUGUUUGUGAGGGACCGACUGAGUGCUGAUGACUGGAGUCCACGGUAUCGUGGCAUCUACGUGGCUCUGGAGAAAAUCGCGUACACGCGCAACCGCGUGGCAUUGACACAGCUGAAUAGUGCGUGUCAAUCCAAUGACGAACUCUCGGGAGGCUGGGCGUGGCAGAACAAUCCACUGGGGUACGGCGAUUACUCGCCGAACAUGGUGCUAAAUGAAGCUACGGGACUCUUUGGUUCGGGCGCGCGGCCGGUUCUAACGUACCCGGAACCAUAUGUACUCACGCAAAGCAUGCGGGACUACUUUGUGUCGCCCGAGACGGGACCACUGCCUCGGUUGUAUCAGUACUUGUACGCCAACAUGACGGACCCGGAUGGACUAGCAGAGCACAUUGACAUUGGCUCGUUUGUCGACUAUUUCUUGCAUUCGGAGUUGUCGGAGAACUCGGACGCGUACCGUCGUAGUACGUACUUCUUUAAAGACCGCAGUCAACCCAUCAACGCUGGUCCUGUCUGGGACUUCAACCUAGCCUACGGACGAGGUGGCAGACAAACGACUUGGUUGUAUCCUGGUCAUACAUUCUGGAAGCGGCUGGUGUGCAAUUACAAGUUUGCAUCGCUCUUACAACAGCGAUGGGUGACGCUACGCACGACCACGUGGAGUGACGAGUCCAUUCAGUUGUUCAUCCAAUCGAGUGCCGAGCCGAUUCGUCGGCAGCUGAAGAACUGUAACGAGUGGAAGAGUGAAAACCUGCAGUGUGCCAAUGUCGGCGCGAAUACAAACGGGACCUUCGACGAUGCCGUGACUGAUUUGCUUGACGCCGUUCUAGCGCGUGCUCAGUGGAUGGACUCGAAUAUGGCGGGGUUCUACAAAGCACUGGAUCCUACUGUUUGUGUUGCUGCUGGCGAACUUCCCGCUUACAAUUGCGCAGCUAACGGAAAUGACAAGGGAUGUCUAUCGAACCCCGACGCUUACAGCAAUGCCGUCGAGUUCCCCGAACCCCGUAAAUCUACGACCGCGAAGGUUUGCGACACAUCGAAGUUGUCAAGCGCUGGAGUAACGAUGGAGGAGCCAACGCUUGACCAAUGCUGGCUGUCGGCGGGAGUUUACAUCACGGACAGCUCGAUCACACCUUUCUGUGGGGGCUACGGAUUUUGUCCGGAAGGGCCGGGAGCAAAAUGCACGUGCACGAGCGGCCGCCGCCCACCCACUUGUGCUCGUCACGACGAUGUCAUUGUGCCUCAUGGUGGACUGUUUGGAAGUGGCGUGGUCAAGCCAGAAUCGCUGCUCAGCAACUCGGCUGAUGUGGUGGUUGGAGAGAGUACGUACUUGACGUCUCCGCUCUUCUCCUUAUGCGCCGUCUCUGCGAUGGUGCUAGGAGCGGUCUUGACGGUCCGUCAACGUCGUCGCAACCGCCACUACUCCCGUCUGCGCGAAGCGAUUGCUGCCAGUUCACAGAACGAUGUUGACGGGCACAGCCUUUUCUACGGCACUUCGUAA